AUGGGUCCAGCAAAAGGUUCUCGCACAAUCCACAAGAUCACAAUAAAAAGACACGAGGAUCGACAGCAUCAUGAGGAUCCAACUAGUUCAAGCAAUGUGAAACUUAAAAUUUCUCAGAAGAGGAAGAGGUCAGACUUAGAUCCCCACUGGAACAGGGAUGAGCUGAUGCACUUUUAUGGAGCCUACCGGCGGCAUGGAAAGAAUUGGAAAAAGAUCAGUGCAGUAGUUGGCAGCAAAUCGGCAGACACUGUAGAAGCUCUUUACUAUGUGCAUCGGACUUUCUUAUCUCUUCCGGAGUGUGAAGGUACUGCCAGGGGAUUUAUUGCAUUGGCUGCUGGUCAUGACAAUGCUUUGGAAUCUCCAAGUCAAAGAGAAACUGAUCAGAUGGUUACAUCAUCUGGGAAGGGACGGAGACGUGGAGAAGCUGCGUGGCAAAAAGAGAAUGCAGCACCUAACCCUCACAACGCCUUCACAAAUCAGGAAAUGAGAAUUGCUGGCUUUACAUCUUCUUUCAAGAAAAGAUACCAUGGAGGCAAGUAUUGCAAGGCAAAUAUGCCAUGUCCUUUUGGUUCCCUUAAACGUAGUUUUGAUAGUUUCAUGUUCUUUUUAUUUUCAGAACUUGUCAGGUACAUCAGUAGACAUCCUGUUCGGAAACGUACUCCUCGUGUACCAGUUUUACUUCCUUUGGACAUCAAUUCUACAAACAAGGCUAAUGAAGAGAUAAAUAAUGAUGGAAGCUCUCCUGAUGGAAGUUCAGGAAUCACUGAAGCAAAGGUUGUUCAGGGCCAGACUUUCUUGGAAAUCAAAGGAACUGAAGAUACUGAGAUAUCUCAGUCCCAGCAACAUUUAAAUUUGAAGAAGAGAAGGAUUCAGCAAAGCAUGGACGAAGGCCAGACCAGCAAAGUUGAGCCUGGUACCACGAUGGUGGCUGAAAAAGAAGGGCAUAACUUAUCUGAUUAUGAGAGACUUAGUCGGUUAUUUUCUCCAGAGGAGAUGAUGGUCUUAGAUGUGUUGGAGAGUCUGGUGACUGUGCCCAAUGAAACGUCACAGGCCAAGAUUAAUAGUCCUUCAGGUACAUGUGGAAAGAUAAUUUCUGCAUCAUGUAACACACAGGAGGAAGGGCUUUCUCCUGUCGAUCAAUCUAAACAAACGAAGCAAGAUAGUGAUUCCAGUGCUUCAGAGGAAAGGAAAAAAAGGAGAAAGAAGUUACCAGAUGAAGAGGUGCUGGCUGAAGAACAAAUCAGUUCUGGUAAUACUUCAGUUAUACCACAAGCAUGUCAGCUUGAUGCCACGGAGCAGCCCUCCUUGAAUUCUGACUUUGAGAAAGAAGCAAUAGAUAUACCUGAAUCAACUGCAAAUAUUUGUGCUGAAGUAUCCCCUGAUGCACCGAUGGAAAUUGACCCUCAAAUAAAUAUGUCAAGGAAGAGCAAAAGAAAAUCCAAAGUACAAUGCAAAAAAAACUAUGUGUUUUGCAAUGAAGGUGCCGAUAAUUUACAGGCAAAGAAAUUGCUGCAUUGCUUGUCAUCUGAAUCACUUCGUAGAUGGUGUACAUACGAGUGGUUCUACAGCGCAGUUGAUUAUCCAUGGUUUAUGAAUAAUGAAUUUGUGAACUACUUAAAUUUUGCAAAAUUGAGCCAUCUUUCAAGGCUCACUCGAUCUGAGUGGAGCACAAUCCGAAGUUCUCUCGGCAAGCCCCGUCGCUUUUCCAAUCAUUUCCUGGCAGUAGAAAAGGAAAAACUUGAGGAUUAUCGACAAAACGUUAGGAAAUACUAUGCUGAACUAAGUGAUGGCUUGCGGGAUUCUCUACCAACAGACCUUGCUCGGCCUUUUUCAGUUGGCCAGCAUGUCAUUGUUCGUCACCCGAGUACCAGAGAACUUGCUGAUGGUAAAGUGGUAAUCAUGGAGCGGGAUUGUUACAAGGUCCAGUUUGAUAGCCCUGAUCUAGGUGUUGAUAUAAUUAAGGACACUGAUUGUAUGCCUGUAAACUGGUUGGAUAAUCUGCCUGACGAUCUCAAGAAGAGGAGCUCCCUCUCAAAUAAUGCACACCGCAAACCGGAUUUUGAGCACAUUCCGGAGCUUACUUCAAAGGAGAGCUGGGGUAAUAUCAUGAAUGACAUUUCCGUACCUGAGUCGUCCAGUAGUCGACAGGCUUCAUCUUCUGUGGGCGGUGAACUGCUACCCAGCAAGAGUACCACCAUUUGUAGAUCUACACUGCCACCAUUCCACCCACUCCAGUCCGCCGCCGACAGUUUACAAUCAAGGGGUCGCUCAAACAACAACAGUGGUCAGAGUGAUGAACUGGAUUCUCAUGUUACUGCAUUUGUCCAGAAAUCGCUUAAACAAGCCAAACAGAUGGUUGGUGAAGUCAUGCAGGCAAGCUAUGGAAAUGGUAAUGAAUCUGGGGAAGAAGCAACACCAUGUAUAAGCCUGGAAUCUGAGUCUACUCUUGAUGAUGCCCAGCUUCCAUCCACCCUGAUAGAGAACUGUGUUGCUACAGUUAUUGCAAUCAAGGAGCUGAGCGAGCAUCGGCACCCGCCUGCCAAGAUAGCAGGUGUGCUGGAGCGUGCUUUUUCGAUGCUGCGCCCAAGCUGUCCAGAGAACCUCGCGAUCUACAGCGAGAUAGAGAGCUACAUCGCCGUCGUCAAGAGCCAGAUACUAGCACUUGUGCCAACAACAUCUGGCAAUGCAGCUCUGGCAAUGUAG